AUGACGACUCUAAAUCAGAAGGAAGUUGUAAGUAAGAUUUCUCAUGAAUACUCUACCUCGUGGAGUUUAAAGAAUAUAAAAUCUUUGGGAUCAAAAAGCAUAAAAACUGAUGAAUUCUCUCCCAUACCCGGCUCAACAUUUUAUUUUGAAAUUUUGUAUCAAGAAAAUUCAAGUGUUGAGAAAAUAUCCUAUUUCAAGAUGAUGUUCGUGAAAAAAGCGGGGAUAAAUAUUCCAAAAUCCAUGAGAAUGAAUAUCACCGUAUCUGUAAAUACCUCAUAUAAUGCAAUUUUGAAGACGUAUCAGAAUUUCGAAAUUAGAGUAAACGAAAUGGACGUCGUUACGAUUUCGAGUGAAAUUUUUAAGUACUUUGUUUAUGAUAAAGCUGUUAAAGGUUAUAAGGCAACAGGAGAUCCAUGCUUUGGAAAUCAUUCUGAAUUAUUAAUAAAAAGCAAUUUAGUGUUUUUCGAAAUUCUCGUCUCUCCGAGUGAUUAUUUUCAUGAUAAGCGAUUACUGAAAAACUUAAAAGAAUUUGUGAAUGACUUCGAUUGCAUGUACGAAUCCUGCCUCUUGACUGAUAUCGAAUUUAAAAUAGGAAAUGAAUCAUUUUCCGUCCACAAAUGCAUUUUAGCAGCUCACUCUCCAGUUUUACGUAGAAUGAUAAGUAGUGACUUUUCAGAAUCCAAGACAAAUACCAUUUCCAUUAAUGAUUCAUCACCUGAAAUUUUUAAAUGUUUCCUGAAGUAUUUGUAUUCCGGAAAAAUCGAGGACAAAACUUGGUCAGUCGUGAAGGAACUUUUAAUACUUGCCGAUAAAUAUGAUGUUCGUUCUUUGAGAACAAAAUGUGGCGAAAUUCUUGCCUCUUUCUUAUCCAUUGACAACAUCUAUGAAAUACUCAAGAUCGCGUAUGAAUAUGGAGAUGAAUAUUUGAAAGAAGAAGCUAAUGUUUUUGCAGUUAAACAUAUAUUGGAAAUAGCUCCCAAUGAUGAAUGGAAAGAAUUGACUGACUCAAAUCCUGUUAUUGGAUACAAUGUUAUGAAAAAUUUUGCACCAAAAUUUCCCUCAAUUCCUCAAUUUGGCGGUUUUUCUAUUAUUAAAUGUAAUUCUGAAUAG